GGAAGUGAAGGUGGCAGGGUUAGAAACCACAGCUGAGGCAGCCCGUCAUUGACGUUGACGCCGCCUGGUUGUAGUGCAUGACUCGGAGCCCACCAGCUGUGGGUGGGCCUGGCGACGAUCUGGGCGCCCUGAAGGACGAAGCGCCGGGACGCCUCUCCCCAUCAGGGAGGCGGCCACACAAUCCCGGAUGCGGCCGGAGGGCGCGGGAAUGGAUUUUGGCGGCUGCGAGGAGCACCUGCCCGAGCAUAGCAGGAGGGAGCACUGGCAGUUGCUGGGUAAUUUGAAGACUACUGUGGAGGGUUUGGUGUCUGCCAACUGCCCCAAUGUUUGGUCUAAGUAUGGUGGCCUGGAACGGCUUUGCAGGGACAUGCAGAGCAUUCUCUAUCAUGGGCUCAUCCAUGACCAGCAGGUGUGUUGCCGCCAGACAGAUUACUGGCAGUUUGUGAAAGAUAUCCGUUGGCUCAGUCCCCACUCGGCCUUUCAUGUGGAGAAGUUCAUCAACUUGCAUGAGAAUGGCCAAAGCAGUGCUGACGGUGUGAACGAGCAUGCUGUUGCAGAACUGUGGCUGCAGCACAGCCUGCAGUCCCACUGCCUCUCAGCCCAACUCCGGCCUCUGCUUGGAGAUAGACAGUAUAUCAGAAAAUUCUACGCAGAAACUGCUUUCCUGCUAAGUGACGCCCACGUCACCGCCAUGCUCCAAUGCCUGGAAGCAGUGGAACAGAACAACCCUCGCCUCCUGGCUCAGAUUGAUGCAUCUAUGUUUGCCAGAAAGCAUGAAAGUCCACUGCUGGUAACAAAGAGCCAGAGCUUGACAGCUCUCCCUGGCUCCACAUACACUCCUCCAACCAGCUACACUCAGCAUUCCUACUUUGGAUCCUCCUCCAGCCUCCACCAAUCCAUACCCAACUCUAGUAAAGAGAGAAGAGCUACUUCCUCUUCACUCCCUGGUCCUCCCCAGAAUCUUCAAGAAGAUAGAAGACAACCAUUACCAGUAGAGGAUCAAACCAUCCAAGCCCCGCUGCUUUCAGAUUCUGCACAAGCGCAGGAUUUCCCAUCAACCCCAGUUGAAAUGAACUCAAGCACUGUGACUAGCCCCUUAGAGGCAUCCUGGGUCAGCAGCCAAAAUGACUCCCCAAGUGAUGCCAGUGAAGGGCCUGAAUACCUGGCUAUUGGCAACCUGGACCCCCAUGGCCGGACUGCCAGCUGUCAGAGUCAAAGCAGCAAUGCAGAGAGUAGCAACUCUAAUUUAUUCUCCUCCAGCAGCUCUCAGAAGCCAGAUUCUGCUGCUUCUUCCUUAGGAGACCAAGAGGAAGAUAGGCAGAGCCAACCAUCCAAUGUCCUUCGCAGAUCCAGCUUCUCAGAAGGACAGACAGUCACUGUCCACCCUGGGUCAAAGAAGAGCCAUAUUCGCUCCCAUUCGGAUACCAACAUUGCCUCCAGAGGAACCCCAGAGGGUGGUCAUUACCUGUGCUCAGAAGGCAUGUUCCGAAGACCCUCAGAAGGUCAAUCUCUCAUCAGCUACCUCUCCGAGCAAGACUUCGGCAGCUGUGCAGACCUGGAAAAGGAGAAUGCUCACUUCAGCAUCUCAGAAUCCUUGAUUGCUGCCAUUGAGCUCAUGAAAUGCAACAUGAUGAGCCAGUGCCUGGAAGAGGAGGAAGUAGAGGAAGAAGACAGUGAUCGAGAGAUCCAGGAACUGAAGCAGAAGAUCCGCCUUCGGCGCCAGCAGAUCCGCACCAAGAACUUGCUCCCCGUGUACCAGGAGGCUGAGCAUGGAAGCUUUCGAGUCACCUCCAGCAGCUCUCAGUUCAGUUCUCGUGAUUCUGCCCAGUUCUCUGACUCUGGCUCUGUUGAUGAGAUUGAUGAAUUUGAAAUCCAAGAUGGUAGUGAAGGAUCUAACCUGACUCACAUAUCAAAGAACGGACUCUCGGUAUCAAUGGCCUCCAUGUUCUCAGAUGCUGAUAUCAGGAGGAGAGCUGUCUCCAACAGCAAGUCUUCCAUUCCCUCCCAGUCCUUCUCCCAUUGCUUCCUGCACUCCACAUCUGCUGAGGCAGUGGCCAUGGGGCUCCUGAAGCAGUUUGAGGGGAUGCAGCUUCCAGCGGCCUCUGAGCUAGAGUGGCUGGUUCCAGAACACGAUGCCCCUCAGAAGCUCCUGCCCAUCCCCGACUCACUACCCAUCUCACCAGAUGAUGGGCAGCAUGCAGACAUCUACAAACUGCGGAUCCGAGUCCGUGGCAACCUGGAGUGGGCUCCACCACGGCCUCAGAUCAUCUUUAAUGUUCACCCAGCCCCAACGAAGAAGAUUGCUGUGGCCAAGCAGAAUUACCGCUGCGCAGGAUGUGGCAUUCGCACUGAGCCUGAUUAUAUCAAGCGGCUACGGUACUGUGAGUACUUGGGCAAGUAUUUCUGUCAGUGCUGCCAUGAGAAUGCCCAGAUGGUCAUCCCCAGCCGGAUUCUGCGCAAGUGGGACUUCAGCAAGUACUACAUCAGCAAUUUCUCCAAGGACCUGCUCAUUAAGAUCUGGAAUGAUCCUCUUUUCAAUGUGCAGGACAUCAACAGUGCCCUCUAUAGGAAGGUCAAGCUGCUCAAUCAAGUCCGGCUGCUGCGGGUCCAGCUGUAUCACAUGAAGAACAUGUUUAAGACAUGCCGACUGGCUAAAGAGCUUCUGGAUUCCUUUGACACGGUCCCAGGCCACCUGACAGAGGAUCUCCACCUGUACUCAGUAAAUGACCUGAUUGCAACCAAGAAGGGGGAGCUGGGGCCCCGGCUAGCUGAACUCACCCGCUCAGGGGCUGCCCAUGUAGCGCGCUGCAUGCUCUGUCAAGCCAAGGGCUUCAUCUGUGAAUUCUGUCAGAAUGAGGAUGACAUCAUCUUUCCUUUUGAGCUGCAUAAGUGCCGGACCUGUGAAGAAUGCAAAGCAUGUUACCACAAAGCUUGUUUCAAGUCUGGAAGCUGUCCCCGGUGUGAGCGGCUGCAGGCCCGGCGGGAGUUACUGGCCAAGCAGAGCUUGGAAUCUUACAUGUCAGACUAUGAGGAGGAACCCACCGAAGCCUUGGCCCUGGAAGCCACCGUUUUGGGGACCACCUGAAGAAGGCACAACCGGCCCUCUGUCUAGGGGCUAGGGGCACACAUGAUGCAGAACUGAGCCACCCUUCACGGACAUUCCCCACUUGGGGAUUUUAAAAAAAUUAUUAUUAUCAUUCUUCUUAUUUUUAAUAACUUGUCUGACAUCCAGGUAGAGUCCACCUUUGUUAGGUUGAUGGGUCCAGUCCAUGUGACAAAUACCUGCAAGCACCCAGCAUUUCCAUCAGAACUGACACAUGGUCCCUAAGUGAAGCUCCAAGUGCCUCUGUCAGGGGAACAGACAGAGAACCAAGUCUUCGACACCUGUGGGCUUUUCCACCAGGACCAGAUCUGGUGGCAGCUGCAUCUCCAGUAUCAUUUCCACAUGUGUUUCAGUUCUGGAGCUUCUCUGCCAGAUUUUUCUUAACCAGCCCUCUGCUCCUUUGCUGCUAAGACAGGGGGAUGGAGUUUUCUCUCUCCUAGCCUGAAAUAGAGUCAGACUUCCGCAAGGAGAAGCAGCAGAGGAUGGGGUUACACUGUGGCCAUUCUGUUGAGCUUGUUUAGAGAUUGGGGUGGGGGUGGGGUGGGGGAGCAUAAAAGUGGAAUCAUUACUAUCCUAGAAUCAUCAGAUACCUCAAGGAGGCAGCCAUGACUUCCCUGUUUGAAAUAUUCUAGGCAUAGAUGAAAGCACAGGCUGAGACUUUCCAUACCUUGGUGAGCCUGAAGCAAAGAACAGAGCUGAGGCUCGGGCCAGACCCACUUGUAACCUGUCCUGAGGCUGCAUCUGUUGGUUACAGAGGUUUUAUACAGUUGGAGAAGCUGUUGGCCUUUUCUUGAGUGUUAUGGUCUCUCAGCCUUGCUCUUGAGUAUGGUCUUUCAAGUUCAUCCUAAGGUGAUGACAGAAACCCCAUGUUCCUUCUGAUCAGUGGGGGUUCUGUCCUGUGAGAUGGCCAUUAUAGUCCUGAGUGAAGGUAUGGCCCCAGUCCAGUCUCUGGCCCUUUUCUGUACAGAGCUGGGAUCUUCCCUGUGGGCUGAUCUCUUGCCUUAAGUUUCCUUUCUCAAAGUUGGGGGAAAACUUUCCUGCUUGUAGUAGUAUUAGAGAAUUUGACAGUGUGUGAAUAAUCCUGCUUUCUUGGGAUAACAAGAGCCUUUAUGCCAAUUAUGCACUUAAUUCUUUAACCUGGUAAUGUAUGUUGAAUCAUAUCACUGUAAUAUACUUUGCUCCCAUAUUUUAAUAUAAUUUUGACAGGAAAGUUCUUGGGCGGGACUAAGCAUAUGUUUGUGAAGCUCUUUAACUUGCUAGAAGGUCCUGACCUCCAUGUGAAACACUGGUCAGGGUUGCUUUUCCAAAGUCUGAACUAAAGCCUACAUCAUUUUGCUAGACUAACUUUUUUUCUGAUACAUGUAGUUAUUGGUAGUAGGGGGGAAAAAUUGGCUUAGACACUCUUCCAAGAAGCCACAAAGAAAGUUGCACAUGAUUGGUGGCAGUAGAUGAGUACCUGAACUGGAGGUGACCUGUGCUCUUGUAAAGAGGUAACAACCAAAGCAAAGACUCAGCCGGAACAAGAGGGAGCCAUAGGAAUUGGCCCACGAUGUUGGUUCUGCCUUGCACUUGGGAUUUAAUAUCUCCGUUAAGGCUGGAAGACCCAGACUAUUCUCCUUUCAGUUCAUUGUGGAAGCCAAGGCCCAGCCCAGUUUUGAAGGGCUGACUAGAAGCCCCUUCAUCCUUUCAAGGAGCUUUGGGAAUGAACCCACAAAACUCUAGUCUCACUAAAAUAUGCCUCAGAUUCAGACUCAGGUUUGUAAAAAAUGUAUAUAUGUAUAUGGUGAGGUUUAGGGCUGGGUCAUGGUUUUGGUGGCAGAGUAUUUGCCUAAUAAAUGUAAAUUCCUCAGUUCAAAUUCUAGUACCACCAGAAAUAAAAUGGUGAGCUUUAAUCCCAGUUUUGAUUUAAAUUUUGAGCCCAGGUCAUUGAAAUGACUACACUGGAGGAGAGUCCUACUGUCUUGUGAUCCUACUACCUAUGUCAUACCAACAUAGGAUCAAAGCUGAAGUAAACCAUCUUCCAUGUUCCUGUUUUUUCACUUUCUCUCCCCCUCCUCCACCCCCUCCUAUCCCACAAAUUGCAUAUGUGUUAGUGUCCACCCCUGGUACUAUGUGUUCAGUUCCCCAUUUAUUUAUUUCUUAGGGAGCGGGAGAGAGAGGGGAAUGUUUUGAAAGCACUUUUUGCAACUUAUCAGUAUGUGAGAAUCCUCUGCUGUUGAGGGGAGAAGCUUCUGAAUGCACUGAAAAGAGUUCCUUCAAAGUGACAGGGAGGGAAGAAGUGUUUUAGUCUGCAUGGAAAGGAAGGAUACCGUUUGCUUACAAGGUGGAGACAAGAUUCAAGGUAUUGCAGAAGAGUGGGAGGCAAAUGUUUUCCACUUAAAUGAGGCAGUCAUUGACUUUCUCUGUCAAGGUUUUAGAGCUUUUAUGGAAUGAACAUAGAGCAAGAGUCCAGAUAGACAUGUUUUAUGUGUGUAAUUGUUUUGAACUGGAUUUCCACUUGCUGUAGUUGGUGCACAGUUCUUCAUCAUCAUCUUGAAUAAACUAAAGAAAUUAAA